UUCAUCGAAUUGCCUCCGCCCCGCCGGGAAAUCCUAACCAGAUCCCAAUUAGGGCGCGCGGCGGAGAGGGGCCCCAGAUUACCUAGAUUAAAAAGACCAGGAAGUGAAGCCACGGUUUGACCCAAGUGUCAUGAGAUGACUUUGGCAAGCUGGUCGGCCUCUCACGGCGCGGCGUGACCGCCUGAACCAGCCCUGAGCCCUCCAAUGUAACUCAGCCGCCCGUCAGCCAUCGCCAGCACUGCUUCCUCUGCCACGUCCCUCUCGAGCGCCUCUACCCACAUGACUACGACUGUACCAUAUGCGCACCACACGAAGAGGAAGGCCGAGGAUGGUUCAAGCUGAUCGGUGAGGGUCGGCAUCAGCGCUGUGAGAGAGGCCACCGACCCCCGGCAGGACGGCAAACAAGGCAGGCAGAUGUGCCAGCCCGGCCUGCGGCAGGUGCGGACAGCAGACGACACUGUUCGAGUCUCAGAAAUAUUCACGUUUUAGUGAACAUCGGGAACAGGAGUGUGGCGAGACGGGAAAUAUGCGUCUCGUUUAUUUCCUCAGUUGUGUGAGUUUUUAAAGCAGCAAAAGGUGACACUAAUAACAUUUUAUUAUAUAAAGGGAAAAUACAUGAAAACAUAAACGAAAGUUGCGAUGAAUAUCCACUACAUAACUGAAGUUUUGUAUCCACUAUGAUUGUUUUUCUUAAAACGUUUUCAAUAAGUCUCAUUUAAUGAUUAUCUAAAAAAAACUAAUUUGUGAAGCUAGCAAACAACAGAAAAGGAUUGACUUGGUGAUGAUGUGACCUGAUUACUUAAGAAUCAAAGAAGACUGGCCCUUAAACUUAAAUACUGGACACAACAAAGUGAAAAAGGCAAUUAAUAUCCGGAAUAAUAUCGGAGGAUCGUUGUCCUGUGCCUCGAAAAGCGGUGUACUGAUGCCAGAACAGCCGCAGUGUGGCACACGAGUCGAGGCUUUUUGUUGGUGUAGUAAAUCAAGAUAGAAAUAUUAAUUGUUAGAGCUCAAGGCGUUUGAAAUUAUAAGAGGAAAAGUGUUGAAACAGAAAGGCUCUGAUCCCGCCAUCAGGAUGCGUACGCUUAAGUUUUUUACGAUGAAACAGACACGCCGGAAUUACGUUAUUUAACUGGAAAUUGGAAAAUGUAUAUCAGCAGCGAAAUUGAAUGCCUAAAACUCUAUUUUAAUGCAAUAAAAUACACACAAACGUGAACUCUGAAAUGCAUUUGUGAGCCGCGUGGUGCAGCGUGUGUGCCGAGGAACAGAGACCCGGCUGGCGUGGCGAGCCCUUCAGGAACACACGGGGGAGGGUGUGACGAUUGUGAACCAGGUAAGCAGUAUGCAUUGCACGGCCUGUAGAGUUACUUGAAAUACAGGAAUAUCAAUAAUUUAUGGAACAAAAAUUACAAUGAAUAUAUUUAUUGGACAACAAAUUUCCCUGGGCGUGUAAAGUGUAAGUAUACUGGAAAAGUGCAGAUCAUGGACACAAGUAACGUGUGACGGAAGCAUAACAUUUGCAGCAUUGACAAACAGAGACCGCAAAUAACAGAUCAUAUUCUCAAAAGUGACUGAAAGGACCUUGAAAUAAAACGAUUGGGCAACAUUUAUUUUUCGAACUGUCAUUGGGAAAUAAGUGCCGGAUUACAAAUGUUCAAUGGAGACUCGAAUCUCACUUCCUGCGGAAACUCAACUCAGUAAUUACUUGGUACGAUCUGCCCAGAGUCACCUCAGCCGAGCAGCGCUGUAACGAGGCACUGACAGCAGCGUCAGUACGGGCAGGCAAGCAUCCUUCACUGCCUUCAGCACGGCCGGCAUGAGCCAGCAGCUGGGCUCCCUCGCCAUGCUGAGUGCCAGCAUCAUGCUCGCCUCGCUUCUCAUCCUGCUGGUGGCCAACCCCGGAUCAGCGGACCCUAACCCAGAUCCCGCCCGGGGCAAAGCCAAGAAGGAAGGAGGGAACUGGACGCCCCCUGAGUUCGACGAGACCCUGCCCAACGGCGUCACUGUGAUGGAGGGAGAGACGGCGAUACUGCCCUGCGUGGUGACUAAGCUGCGGGGCCGAUCGGUAUCGUGGAUUAGACAAAGCGACCUGCACGUCAUAUCUGCCAAUCAACUUAUAUUUACGUCAGACGACCGCUUCAAGGUGAGGAUGGACAACGAGACCUCCUCCUUCGAGCUGGAGGUGCGCACCGCCCUCACCAACGACUCAGGUGUGUACGAGUGCCAGGUGAACACGCGGCCCAAGCUGUCCCGGCCCGUCACCCUCACAGUCCAAGCCACCGGGGCCAGUAUCCACGGGCCGGCCGAGGUGUAUAUCAAGACGGGCUCCACGCUUGUGCUCACCUGCUCCGCCGCCCUCCAUCCAAACGCCCUCACCAAGGUGGACUGGGAGCACAACGACACCAAAGUCACCAUCUCGGGCCCCCGCGGUGGGGUGAGCAUCCACACGGAGGCCGGCGGGAGGGUGGUCACGUCCCGGCUGUCCGUGGUGCGCGCCGCCCCGCCCGACGCCGGCAACUACACCUGCCACCCGCACUCCGCCUUGCCCGCCACCACAACCGUCUACAUCGUCGACGAGCAGUUCCCGGCCGCUAUGCACCACGAGAGUCGAGCGGGGUUGGUGUGGUCGACCUCGCCGCUCCUCCUCCUCCUCCUGAGCGCUGCCUUCAUUGCCGUCAGAUGAUCUGUCCACCAAUCACAGCUCGCCAUUUUUGUACUUUCUGCCUUUUGUAUGGCUUUCCCUGAGUAACACCUUCGUUCACACUGUAUCUGUAAGGCGUCGAGGAGGAUAUUCAUGUUCAGAGAUGUAAUUAGCAUACGGUAUAUAUAUAUUGUCAGAGGUAUGUGUGCGUUUAAUCAUAAGUAAUACAAUGUGUUUUAAGC